CCGGUUGCCGAUUGAUCAUGUAGAAAAAGGAACCCUUAUCCAGAUUGAGUGGCAAAUAUCUUGCUCUCAUACCAGCUAGCCUAUAAAUUGAAUUGCCUCUUUCAGUGAAAUUUACUCCUAACUUUAAUUUGAUAUCCAUUAUUAUCCAAAAUGCAGGCAGCAACUCUGUGCGUUGCACAACCCGUUCUUUCUCCCUCCAAAAGCUUCUCCCAGCUGGUAAGUUCCUCCCCAAGGCUUGGCUGCUCAAUUGCUUUCCCUCGUCUUGGCCUUUCAAUCAAAGCCACUGCCACCACCUAUGACACUGCCACUGUUGACUACAGCUCUAUGCUCUCUGUGUUUCCAGCAGAGGCAUGUGAGACAAUUGGUGGAGAUGCGUGUCGGGCAGACAUAUACCCUGAAGUAAAGCUACAACCAAAUGCCAAAAACGACUCUCCAAGGACCCCAACGGAGUUGAUUGACAGAGAAUAUCUCGACUACAAUGAUGCAAAAACGGUUUUCUGUGCUGAGGCUUGCGAUGAUCUGGGUGGAGAAUUCUGUAGCCGAGAGUAUCAAAGGGGAGUGUAUUAGAAACGAGUACUGACCAAGCCAUGCGGUGUCCAGGAACACCAGUAUCGUUUUCAACUUUCAGGAUUGAAUAUAUAAUAUACAUAAUUUUCACUUGGCUGUGUAACUACAUAUAAUUUCCUUAAAAGAUAUAUAGUUCUAUUUGGAGAAGAAGAGAAGGAAAAGUUGUAUAUGUAUUUCCAACAGUUGCCCUGACAGUAAUAAUAUAGUAGUAGUACAAUAAACAAGCCUCUUGACUUGAGUCUUUGCCGACGGAGAAAAGCGUCAAAUUAGGAUGAUGUCCCAGAGACUGAAUUAUAUUCUUCUC